AUGUAUAGAUAUCGGACCGGCGACAGCGGUGUUUUAUUGGUGUUGGAAGCUCGUUUGGAACAGGCCAGCCUUCUUAAGCGCGUCGUCGACGCCAUCAAGGACCUCGUCCAGGACUGCAACUUCGACUGCAAUGACUCCGGAAUUGCCCUCCAGGCCAUGGACAACUCUCACGUUGCCCUGGUCUCCAUGCUUCUCCGUGCUGAGGGUUUCUCCCCCUACCGCUGCGACCGUAACAUCGCCCUCGGCAUCAACCUGCUCUCCCUGACCAAAGUCCUCCGCGCCGCCCAGAACGAAGACAUCCUCACUCUCAAGGCUGAGGACUCACCUGAUGCUGUCAACCUGAUGUUCGAGAGCGCUGAGACCGACCGCCUCAGCGAGUACGAUAUCAAGCUCAUGGACAUUGACCAGGAACACUUGGCCAUCCCCGAGACCGAGUACGCUGCUACUGUCGAGAUGCCCUCUGCUGAGUUCCAGCGCAUUUGCCGAGACCUCAACGCUCUCUCUGAAUCAGUUGUGAUUGAAGCCAGUAAGGAGGGUGUCAAGUUCUCCUGCCAGGGUGACAUCGGUAACGGAUCCGUUACCAUUCGUCAACACACCAACGUUGACAAGCCCGACCAAAACGUCGCCAUCUCCCUCUCCGAACCCGUUGCCCUGACCUUCUCCCUCAAGUACCUUGUCAACUUCUGCAAGGCCUCCAACCUGUCCUCGUCUGUGAUCCUGCACCUCUCUCAGGAAGUGCCGCUCCUUGUUGAGUACGGUCUUGGUAGCGGCCACCUGCGGUUCUACCUGGCUCCUAAGAUCGGUGACGAAGAGUAA